AUGGGCGGAGUGCGAGAUACUACAGCAGAACGUCACUGGAGGAAAGGGGCCAGAGCAUCACGCAAGCAGGCUAAUCCAACAGCGACUCCCCACUGGUCCCAGAACGGCUCAAAUAACUCCCCAUGUGCAGCCAAGGAGAGCAGAGGACAGACACGCAUCACAGGGAGGCCCAGGGGAGAGGGAUUCAUCCUGGACGCACACAGACUAUUGUUAGCCUCCACUCACUGUGUGACUAUCAUCCAUUUGGCCAAUACUGAGACGGGACUGUCGGAGCUGAUGGCUCUGUGGACUCAGCUCCAUCACAAAGACUAG